UCAGAAAAAGGAACACUGUCACUGCAGAUUUCAGAGCCUCAAUUCCCCAAACCUUCUUUCUUUUACCCUCUCCAAUCGUGUUCAGUUUCAGCUUCAGAUUCCUAUGGCUGAUGGGGAACCCGAAACCCCGCCGGAUUCCGCUCCUCCGACCACCCCCAAAAGGAAUAACUACGCUUUCGUCUGCGCAACCAUGGCUUCCAUGGCCUCCGUCUUACUCGGCUACGAUAUCGGUGUAAUGAGCGGAGCCGUGAUCUUCAUCAAACAAGAUUUCGGAAUCUCCGACGUGAAGGUCGAAAUCCUCGUCGGGAUUAUCAGCCUCUACUCCAUUAUAGGCGCGGCGGCCGCCGGCAGAACUUCCGACUGGAUCGGCCGCCGUUACACCAUGGCUCUUGCCGCCGCCUUCUUCUUCGUCGGAGCCGUUCUCAUGGGCUUGGCUACCAACUAUUCCUUUCUCAUGUUCGGCCGAUUCGUCGCCGGUAUUGGUAUCGGCUACGGCGGCCUCAUUGCUUCCGUCUACACCGCCGAGAUCUCUCCGGCGUCGUCUCGCGGCUGCCUCACCUCCUUCCCGGAGGUUUUCAUCAAUUUCGGGAUAUUGUUGGGAUACGUCUCGAAUUUCGUCUUCUCCAAGCUCCCAACUCACCUGAGCUGGCGCUUUAUGCUCGGAAUCGGCGUAAUCCCAUCGGCGAUCUUAGUCCUCGUUGUUCUAACAAUGCCCGAAUCGCCGCGUUGGCUUGUAAUGCAAGGUCGAAUCGGCGAAGCCAAGCGAGUCCUGGACAGAACCUCCAUCUCCAUUGAAGAAUCUCAGCAAAGACUCGCCGAUAUCAAAAUCGCCGCCGGAAUUUCCCCUGAUUGCACGGACGACGUCGUUCCUGUCCCGAACCGCAGCCGCCACGGCGAGAACGUCUUAAGAGAGCUCUUCCUCCACUCGACGCCGUCCGUCCGCCACAUCUUAAUCGCUGCCGUCGGACUCCAUUUUUUCCAGCAAGCUUCCGGCGUCGACGCCGUCGUUUUGUACAGCCCUAGAAUCUUCGAGAAGGCCGGAAUCACCUCCUACGAUCAUAUAUUACUCGCCACCGUCGCGGUCGGAAUCACCAAAACGGCGUUCAUCUUAGUGGCGACGUUCCUCCUCGAUCGGAUCGGACGGCGGCCUUUGAUCUUAACCAGCGUCGCCGGCAAGACGAUAUCACUCACGAUCUUAGGGUUCAGUCUCACGAUCAUCAAUAACUCGCACGUGGAAGUCACGUGGGCUAUAGUUCUCUGCUUCGCGAUGGUAUUAUCCGACGUGGCGUUUUUCUCGAUCGGGAUGGGGCCCAUGGCGUCAGUUUAUAGCUCUGAGAUUUUUCCGUUGAGGCUACGCGCCCAGGGGGUGAGCGUGGGUAUAAUCGCCAAUAGGAUUACAAGUGGGGUUGUGACAAUGACGUUUUUGUCCCUGUACCAGGCGAUUACUAUUGGCGGCGCGUUCUUCCUCUACGCGGGGAUUGCGGCGGCGGGCUUCGUGUUCUUUUACGUGGUCUUCCCGGAGACGCGUGGUCGAAAUUUGGAGGACGUGGAAGGGCUUUUUGGUAAUUUGCUGUGGAAGUUGAAGAAAGAUAAGAGUAGGAGUAAAAGAAGCAUGAAUGACGUGGAUGGCUCAUCCAUUCAAUUACAGGUUUAGGCGAAAGAUGGAAAUUAUCCAUUAGUCUUUUAAGUUUAAAUUUUAAAUUUUAUAUAUAG